AUGGUCACCGUGAACGGAGAGUCGUUCACGCAAGUUUUCAUCAUGGAGCACCGUCCAGAAAGGCCGCUCACAUACAUCAUCGUGUCGUCUUUGACUAGACAUUUUUCCGCCGGACCACUCACCGACCGGCAGGCUCUGGACGCAAGGUUCGCCGCAGGUGACUGUGCUGUUAAGACGGGCUUGCCAAUGGCGGGAUUAAAAACGAAGGAACAAGUAUACUAUGCGCCUAAAUUAGCAACGUACUACGAAACUCUUUCGGAUACCGACCCGAAUAACACACAAUCCGAUAUCGCCGCAAAAAUCUUACAACACAUAUUGUCACGUAUACCUCCGCGAGAUAUCCGAACCUCCCAAAAAACUUUCCUUACGAAUAACGCCACCAACAACCUGCCACACAGCAUUUUAAACCACAUAUUACUCCACAUACCUCCUCCAGAAAUCGAACCUUCUUCUCCGAAUAUCGCUAUCGGCAAUGUACAACCCACUUUGGCCGAAAAUAUCCUACAACUUGAAUUCGUAAAACCUGUAACCAAUCCCACCGAAGUUUCAACAUUUCACGAACCCCUUUCCGAUUAUAAGCCCGAGAACACACAAUCUCACAUGGCCGUCAAAAUCUUACAACACAUAAUGCUCCAUGUACCUCCUCCGGAUAUCCAAACCUCAAAAGAACCCUUCUAUAUGAAUAACGCUACCGGUAGUUUACAACCCACUUUGGCCGAAAAUAACCUACAACUUGAAAUCGUAAAACCUCUUGCCAAUCCAACCGAAGUUUCAACAUUUUACGAAUCCAUUCCCGAUACCGCCCCCGAGAACACACAAUCCCACAUGGCCGUCAAAAUCUUAAAACACAUAAUGCUCCAUGUACCUCCCCCAGAUAUCCGAACCUCAAAAGAUUUCUUCUAUACGAAUAACGCUAUCGGUAGUUUACAACCCACUGUGGCCGAAAAAAACCUACAACUUGAAAUCUUAAAACCCGUACCCAUUCCCAAUGAAAACUCAAAUUUCCGCGAACCCGUGCCCGAUAACGUAACCGAUGUUAUGGAACCCGAUAUCGAUGAGGAGAACUCAUCUCCUAGAAUCUUAAACAGCGUAUUUCGAUACGCGGUUAUUGACGGAUGUUGGUGGGAUAUGUCCCGCAAACCUCACAAUUUUCCAGGAAUUAAUUCAAAGUACCUUUAG